AUGGCACACGCUGCGUCCCAGCUGAAGAAAAAAGCGGAUAUAGAUCUCACCGCCGCCGAGGAAGAGAAAGAAAAAGAGAAGAAAAGGAAGAGCAGGAAAAGGUCCCGGGAAGUCAAGAAAAAGUCUGACAGCAAUGCCAGUUAUCUCAGAGCGGCCCGGGCAGGGAAUUUGGAGAAAGCCCUUGAUUACCUGAAGACCGGCGUGGACAUUAAUAUCUGCAAUCAGAAUGGGCUGAAUGCUCUUCAUCUCGCCUCUAAAGAAGGCCAUGUGGAGGUAGUGGCAGAGUUGAUCAAACUGGGAGCCACUGUGGAUGCAGCCACCAAGAAAGGAAACACCGCUCUGCACAUAGCCUCCCUCGCUGGACAAACAGACGUUGUGAAAGAGCUGGUGACCAAUGGAGCUAACAUCAAUGCACAAUCUCAGAAUGGCUUCACACCGCUCUACAUGGCUGCACAGGAGAACCACUUGGAGGUGGUCAAGUUCCUCCUAGACAACGGUUCUAGUCAGAGCAUCGCCACAGAGGAUGGCUUUACGCCACUGGCGGUGGCUCUUCAGCAGGGGCAUGAUCAGGUGGUCUCUCUCCUCCUGGAGAAUGACACAAAGGGUAAAGUGCGGCUACCCGCUCUCCACAUCGCCGCCCGCAAAGAUGACACCAAGGCGGCCGCCCUGCUCCUGCAGAAUGACCACAACGCUGACGUGGAGUCCAAGAUGAUGGUGAAUAGAACAACAGAGAGCGGCUUCACCCCACUCCAUAUCGCAGCUCACUACAGCAACAUCAACGUGGCAACGCUGCUCCUGAACCGGGGUGCCGCUGUGGACUUUAAGGCCAGGAAUGACAUCACUCCUCUACAUGUGGCAUCGAAAAGAGGAAACGGGAAUAUGGUCAAGCUGUUGUUGGAGCGAGGAGCCAGAAUCGAUGCCAAAACCAAGGAUGGGCUGACCCCCCUGCACUGUGGAGCCAGGAGUGGGCACGAGCAAGUGGUUGAGAUGUUACUGGACCGAGGGGCUCCGAUUUUGUCCAAGACCAAGAAUGGACUGUCGCCGCUCCACAUGGCUACCCAGGGAGACCAUCUGAACUGUGUCCAGCUCCUUCUUCACCACGAGGUCCCUGUGGAUGAUGUCACCAACGAUUACUUGACCGCACUGCACGUUGCCGCUCACUGUGGACACUACAAGGUUGCAAAAGUCCUAGUGGACAAAAAAGCCAACCCCAACGCUAAGGCACUGAAUGGUUUCACGCCACUCCACAUUGCUUGCAAGAAGAACAGGAUCAAAGUGAUGGAGCUGCUGUUGAAAUACGGAGCGUCGAUUCAGGCUGUAACUGAGUCUGGACUCACACCAAUUCAUGUGGCUGCUUUCAUGGGACAUGAAAAUAUAGUGACUCAGUUAAUGAGUCAUGGAGCUUCGCCAAACGCAACUAAUGUGAGGGGAGAGACAGCACUCCACAUGGCUGCCAGGGCUGGACAAGCAGAGGUGGUCAAAUACCUGGUGCAAAACGGAGCCCUUGUGGAGGCCAAAGCCAAGGAUGAGCAAACUCCUCUGCAUAUCUCCAGUCGUUUGGGCAAGCCUGAUAUAGUACAGCAGCUGCUUCAGCGCGGAGCCUCACCAGACGCUACCACCACGGCUGGCUACACACCCCUCCACCUCGCCGCCCGUGAGGGCCACAAAGACGUGGCCUCAGUCCUGCUGGACCAGGGUGCUUCCCUUGCUAUCACCACCAAGAAAGGAUUCACUCCUCUACACGUGGCAGCAAAAUAUGGGAAGAUUGAAGUGGCCAACCUCCUCCUGCAGAAGAGGGCGCCACCAGAUGCAGCGGGAAAGAGUGGAUUAACCCCACUGCAUGUGGCUGCACACUACGAUAACCAGAAAGUAGCUCUACUUCUCCUUGACCAGGGAGCCUCUCCCCAUGCAGCUGCCAAGAAUGGUUACACUCCUCUGCAUAUUGCUGCCAAGAAGAACCAGAUGGAAAUUGCCACCACCCUGCUGGAGUAUGGUGCUGAUACUAACGCUGUCACACGUCAGGGAAUUGGAGCUCUGCAUCUAGCAGCCCAGGAGGGCAACGUGGAUAUUGUCACCCUGCUGUUGGCAAGGGAUGCUUCUAUCAACCUGUCCAACAAGAGUGGACUGACCCCUCUUCAUUUAGCAGCCCAGGAGGAUAAAGUCAACGUGGCCGAGGUGCUAGUCAACCACGGAGCCACUGUGGAUCCUGAGACCAAGAUGGGAUACACUCCACUGCAUGUAGCCUGUCACUACGGAAACGUAAAGAUGGUGAACUUCCUCUUAAAGCAUCAAGCAAAAGUCAAUGCUAAAACGAAGAAUGGAUAUACACCACUCCAUCAGGCAGCACAGCAAGGCCACACCCACAUCGUUAAUGUACUGCUACAAUAUGGAGCCUCACCCAAUGAGCUAACUGUGAACGGAAACACUGCCCUGUCCAUUGCCAGGCGUCUAGGCUAUAUCUCUGUUGUGGACACACUCAAGGUUGUGACUGAGGAAACACUGACCACUCUGACGGUCACUGAGAAGCAUAAAAUGAAUGUACCGGAAACAAUGAACGAGGUCCUCGACAUGUCAGAUGAUGAUGUUCGUAAAGCCAAUGUACCAGAAAUGCUCAGUGAAGAAUAUAUAUCAGAUGUUGAUGAAGGUGAGGAUGCCAUGACGGGAGGGACGGAUAAGUACCUCGGCCCUCAAGACCUGCGGGAAUUAGGAGACGACUCACUCCCACAGGAGGGUUACGUAGGCUUUAGCACCGGAGCCCGGUCAGCAAGCCCUAAAGUCAGCCUCCGCUCCUUCAGUUCGGAUAGGUCCAACACUCUCAACAGGAGUUCUUUCACACGGGACAGUAUGAUGAUCGAGGAGAUCCUGGCUCCCAGCAAGGACACGGGUGUCUGUAAAGAAAUGCCCUUCAUUGUUGAUCCUCAUAAUAAGCACCUGGCCGCAGCCAGGGAGUUUGACACGGACUCUCUUAGACGCUACAGCUGGGCAGCCGACACGCUCGACAACGUCAACUUGGUCUCCAGCCCCGUUCAUUCAGGCUUUUCCUCCCCACUCCCUCAGUAUGACUCCAGAUUUCUGGUCAGUUUCAUGGUGGAUGCUCGUGGUGGUUCCAUGAGGGGCAGCCGCCACAAUGGCAUGCGCAUUAUCAUCCCGCCUCGCAAAUGCACUGCACCCACGCGCAUCACCUGCCGCCUGGUCAAGAGGCACAAAUUGGCAUCACCUCCCCCUAUGGUGGAAGGAGAAGGCCUGGCCAGCAGACUGGUGGAAGUGGGCCCUGCUGGUGCUCAGUUCUUGGGCCCUGUGAUUGUGGAGAUCCCCCAUUUUGGCUCUAUGAGAGGGAAGGAGCGAGAACUGAUCAUACUGAGGAGUGAGAAUGGUGAGGCAUGGAAGGAGCAUCAGUAUGACUGCAGAACUGAAGAUCUCAAUGAACUCCUCAAUGGCAUGGACGAAGAAUUAGACAGUGUGGUUGACCUGGAGAGAAAACGCAUAUGUCGCAUCAUCACCAAGGAUUUCCCACAGUACUUUGCGGUGGUGUCACGGAUCAAGCAAGAGAGUAAUCAGAUGGGUCCUGAAGGUGGAGUUCUGUCCAGCAUGACUGUGCCCCUGGUUCAGGCCUCUUUCCCUGAGGGGGCACUGACCAAAAAGAUUAGAGUUGGACUGCAGGCCCAACCCGUUCCAGAUGAGACUGUGAAGAAGAUCCUGGGGAAUAGAGCCACCUUCAGUCCCAUUGUGACAGUGGAACCACGCAGGAGGAAGUUCCAUAAGCCUAUCACGAUGACUAUCCCCGUGCCUCCACUCUCAGGGGAGGGCAUAACCAAUGGUUACAAAGGAGACUCCACCCCUUGCCUUCGUCUUCUCUGCAGCAUCACAGGUGGUACAUCUCCUGCACAGUGGGAAGAUAUCACUGGUACUACUCCUCUCACCUUCAUCAAUGACUGUGUCUCCUUCACAACCAACGUGUCGGCCAGAUUCUGGCUUGCGGACUGCCACCAGAUUCCUGAGACUGUGGGUUUGGCUACACAGCUGUACAGGGAACUCAUCUGUGUGCCAUACAUGGCUAAGUUUGUUGUGUUUGCCAAAAUGAACGACCCAGUCGAGUCCCACUUGCGGUGCUUCUGUAUGACAGAUGACAAAGUUGACAAGACACUGGAGCAGCAAGAGAACUUUGAAGAGGUUGCCAGAAGCAAAGACAUUGAGGUUCUGGAAGGGAAACCCAUCUAUGUGGACUGCUAUGGCAAUUUGGCACCUCUGACCAAAGCUGGGCAGCAGCUAGUUUUUACAUUUUAUGCUUUUAAAGAAAACCGACUCCCAUUUUGUGUGAAGGUCAGAGACACUAGCCAAGAACCUUGUGGCCGACUGUCAUUCCUCAGAGAGUCCAAAACCUCUAAAGGUCUUCCACAGACUGCUGUCUGUAAUCUAAACAUCACACUGCCAGCACUGAAAAAGGAUAUGGAUUCAGAUGCAGAUGAAGAGACUGAAAAGCCAGAACGACGUCAUACCUUUGCAUCCCUAGCCUUACGUAAGCGAUACAGCUAUCUGACUGAGCCUGCAACGAAAACAGUUGAGCGAAGUACAACAAGAACACUGCCUGCUGGUUACGCUCACAAACCUGUCUUUUCAACAAGAUCUUACCAGGCAUGGUCGGCUGCUCCUAUUACCGUCCCUGGCCAAGCAAAGUGUGGACUGGGUUCCCUCUCCAGCUCAUCUUCCAACACGCCAUCUGCUUCGCCAUUAAAAUCAGUGUGGUCAAUAUCCUCUGCUUCCCCUAUCAAGUCCACCAUGGGAGCCUCAAAUGCAUCCUCUGUUAAGUCAGUUAGUGACAUCGCAUCACCCAUUAGAACUUACAGAACUGUGUCAUCUCCCAUAAAGACUGUAGUUCACCAAACUCAAUACCCUCUUCCAGUCUCUGCCAAUCUCAUGUCUUCACCUGGUAAAACUAGUACCGAUCCUCUGUCAGUGAAGGGACUUGCUGAGACGCUGUCUUCGAGAGCUACCUCUGUCCUUCCUUCAGUGUCUGUAUUGGAUAGAACCUCCAUCACAACGACUCUGUCUGAAUCUCAGAAGUCAACAAUGAAUAUGUACAAUUCAGCUUUGCCCUUCAAAUCAAUCUUAAGCUCAUCGGGCGCUGCAGUAUCCUCCUCUGUUAAAACAAUACCAAACAUCUCCACAGUCAAAACUACUGCAGACAGCACUGCAGCAUCUAUGGGACAGUAUCUGUCAUCCUUUACAUCUCCAGCUAAGUCUAUUUCAUCUGCUGACACAGCCUUGCUAAAUGGUGCAGUCUCACAGAUCAGACAUCCUUCAUCGUCCUCCUUAACAUCCCGUAUGCUCUCAGGAGUUACCUGCAGCUUGCAAGACAGAAUUCAAGCUACAACACAAGCUGCCACUACCAGUGUUAGUGCGGCCAUUGAUGAGGCUGAAAAAGCCUUUAACACCUGCUCUGCCUCAAGCUAUGGCACUUUGAAAUCCAUGGCUUCACCUUUAAGAUCAAAUGCAUCUAGUUCAGUUUAUGCCUCUUUCAGAUCUCCAUCUUCCCCACACACCCCAGUAUCAUCCAGUACCAUGACUGUGCCAGUGUUCUCCCUUGUAAGUGUUCUCCCUGAGUCCCAAGUGAAAAAAUCACCAGAAAAAGUGACAACUACCGCUCAAACGCAUACCCCAACACCUUCUGUCCCCAAAUCAAAGUUAUCAAUGAAAUCCCACCUCUUCAUUUCUCCUGCAACCCUCAAAGCAGCCACUGCUUCCUCACUAUCUUCCAACCAAGAGAUACUGAGGGAUGUAGCAGAUAUGAAGGAAGAUCUGAUAAGAAUGACAGCCAUUCUACAAACUGACUCCAGUUCAACACCUAAAACUUUCCAGUCUCAUGCCUCCAAAGAAGCCAAAAUGGAGGAUGAGGAACCUUUCAGUCUAGUUGAAAAAGUGAAGGAAGAUCUUGUAAAAGUUAGUGAGAUACUCACAAAGGAUGUGUUGAGUGAGGUAAAAGCCUUGACUAAAGAGAAGAGCACUGAAGAAGACUGGGAAGAAUUCUCCAAAGAUGAGAUUGAGGAAGCUCAACAAAGUGCUUUGAGAUAUUAUCCCAGUUUUGAGCAAACCCUACCAGUUAGGCCACAGUCAGUACCAGACAAAGAUCUUGGUUUAGCUAAGGUGGUUGACUACUUGAUGAAUGACAUUGAUGCUAGCUCCCUCUCAAAAAUGGAUGAUGUAAAGGGUAAAUAUGAUGAAAUGAAAAAAGAGGGAGAGGAAAAACAGAAGCGUGUGAUCAAGCCUGAACAUAAGCUCAAAAUGCCACCCCAAGGUAUGCGCACCUCUGCCUCAGAGAAAGACUUAUGCAGACUAGCUGAUCCCUCUAUUGGGACGGAUGCGAUUUUGGAAUCCCCUGAGGAUUUUUCUCAUGAUCAAGAUAAGAGCCCUCUCUCAGAUAGUGGUUUUGAAACCAGAAGUGAAAAGACUCCUUCAGCCCCUCAAAGUGCAGAGAGCACAGGGCCCAAAUCUCUCUUUACAGAUGUGCCCAUACCACCUGUCAUAACAGAGACCAGAACAGAGGUUGUACACGUUAUCAGGAGCUAUGAACAUCCUGAGGAGGUCUGUGAACCUAUUAUGGAUGACGCAGCAUCUUUGCACCCACCUGCAUGCAUAGACCCGGAGCCAGCAGUUGGCUCUAUCAAAGAUAAAGUAAAAGCCUUCCAGAUGAAAGUUAACUCAGAGGAAGACUCUCUUAUGACCAAAAGUAUGCGCCUCAAAGAAGAAACCCACAUAACCACCACAACACGGAUGGUUUACCACAAGCCACCCUUAAAAGACGGUGGCUCUGAGAGGAUUGAAGAAACCAUGUCAGUGCGAGACAUAAUGAAAGCAUUCCAGUCAGGAAGGGACCCGUCAAAAGAAUUAGCCGGUUUAUUUGAGCACAAGGCAGGCCAAGAUUCUAUUAAAGGAGAUGAACUAUCUCCAAGAUUCCUUGAAAAAGAUACAAAAUCCAAGCCAAAAGUUGAAAGAAUAAUUGAGGUUCACAUAGAAAAGGGAAACACCACUGAACCAACAGAGGUCAUCAUCAGAGAGACAAAGAAACACCCAGAAUUUAUUUGCAAGGGUGACCGUGGACUUAGGGAACUUUCUGAUAGGUUAGAAAGUGAUUUUGAAAUGGUUCAAGAAGAGGAGGAGCUUACUGCUGAAGAAUCGCUGCCAUCCUACUUAGAAACUUCCAGAGUGAAUACACCUGUCUCUCAGGAAGAAGACAGUAGACCCAGUUCUGCUCAGCUCAUCACUGAUGAUUCAUAUAAGGCAUUUAAGCUUCUGAGCCAACAUUCUAUUGAGUAUCAUGAUGAUGAGUUAUCAGAGCUAAGGGGGGAAUCUUACAGGUUUGCUGAGAAAAUGCUGCUCUCAGAGAAACUGGACAUAUCACACUCUGAUAAUGAAGACUCAUUUGCAGAACAGGCACAUGGUUUAACCUCAGAAAUGCAAGGAACAGAGGGCUUUUAUGGAGAAAAAGUACACGGGUCCAGGAAAGAGUCCAGUUUCAGAUCAGCAAAGGAUGCAACAGACAAAUCAGGUAAAUUUUUUCAGCAGGAUAAUCAGCAUGACAAACUGACAGUAUUGCAUUACACCACAGAGCCUGGUAGCCCCAAACAUGCAGUGUGGAUGCGAUUUACCCAAGAUAGGCAGGAUAAAAAUAGAGAGAAGCUUUUAUAUGAAGACCGUGUGGAUCAAACUGUGAAGGAGGCAGAAGAAAAACUAAGCGAAGUCUCGCAAUUUUUCCGUGAUAAAACAGAAAAGCUGAAUGAUGAGCUACAGUCCCCUGAGAAAAAGCCCCACACAAGGGAUUCAAUGGAGACACAUUCGGUGCCAAGCUCAUUGUGUAGCAGCCCAGAAAAAACAAAACAUAAGAGUGAUGUUAAUGCUGAGGAAUGGAGCAAGGGUAGGCAAAAACUGUUUGGCAGCACAAAUGAAAGGCGAAGUGCUAGUUUGCCAAACAGUCCUGAGAGACACGUAUUGUCACAUUUGAAUGAAGACAAAUCAAAACAGGGAAAUACUGUUCCAAAGUCAAAGACAGGUGGGACCUCUCCACCAGUCCAGGUGAAGACCUCCAGGGUGAGUUCUGUGAAGCUGAAAUUUGAAACAGAGGCACAAAAGCAAGACAAGAACAUACCAACUGGACAAUCAAAACCACCCGUCAGAAAGCUUCAGGAGAGUAAAUUACCUGUGUAUCAGUUCUUUGCUGGAUCAAAGACUGGCAAAGCUGAUUCCAAAGAAGAAGUGAAACCUAGUAAUAAAGGUUCAGAAACUGAUAAAAACAUAAGAACAACUGAAAUAAGUUCUUACAGCACUAAGUUUGGAGUGUCUGCCAGCACCCAAGGACAAUUAAUUGAAGAAUUAUCGACUAAAACCACAGACAAUGGCAUAGCUCCAUCAGGCACUGAUAAGGAAAAACAUGUACAAGUUGGGCUUCCCCCCCGUAAUGGCAGCAGUGAAGUUGAGAGGGAUCAAAUUUGUACCUCUAAUGACUUUCAGAGUCCAGCUUCUGGAGAUACAAGUGAACAACAACAUUUAAAAUCUGGACCUUCCUCAGUGGAAAUGAUAUCAACCACUGCUGUGAAAAAGGUUGCGUCUGACUUGCCUCCAUCUAAGGACUACAGAGAAAGUAAUGAUGUGCAGAUGAGGACGGUCAAAAAGAAGACAGAAUCCCAGAUCCCUGUCCGAACAAUGUCUAAUCUCCCAGACAUGGAUCAGUCAAAGAAAACUAAGCCAGACACAUUUGUUAAACCAUCUGAAAAGAGCACAUCACAUCUACCUACCCUGGCCAAAACCAGAAUUCAGGGUCGCUCAGAAAUGUCUAGGAAUGAGACUUUAACAAAAUCUCAAGACUCAUUAGAAUCUAGCAUACUGAGAGAUUCAGUGCCCUCAAAUCUCAAAGAAUCUAGCCCAGUUGAAAAAAUAUCUGCUGUUACAACUAGAGAAAGUUUCAAAGGUUUAAAAACUUUACCAGUUUAUAUAAGUGUACAAGUAGGAAAACAAGCUGACAAAGAGUCAGCAGGGGGGCAAAAUGGAUCUUCCAAAAAGACCAUCAGUUCAGAGAGCAGAACAAUAUACACAGUAAAACAGAAACAGCCCACAUCCCCCCAAGGUAGCCCUGAUGAUGACACUCUAGAACAGGUAUCUUUCAUUGACAGCUCAGGAAAAAGUCCAAUGACCCCUGAAACACCUAGCUCUGAGGAGGUUAGCUAUGAUCUCACCUCUAAAACUCCUGAUUCUUUCAUGGGGUUCAUGCCAACCAACCCAAGCCCAAUUCCAGAGGUCUCGGAGGAGUCAGAGGAAGAAGAGCAAGGCAAAGUAUCUGUCAAGGAAGCAUCAUUAGAGAGGCCAGAAGUUGUCGAUGCUAAACUAAGAAAUGGCAACCAUGACACUGGACAGACAUUGAAAGAUAAACGAAUUCCUUACAUAGAAUUUCCUCCUCCACCGCCCUUGGACGCAGACUCAUCUCAGCCUGAGAAAAAAGGCUCAAGUCCCUCAUCAGAAGCUGAAACUGAUAUGAUGGAGGUCAACCUCCAGGAGGAACAUGAUAAACACCUUCGUGCUGAACCCAUAAUCAGAGUCCAGCCUCCAUCCCCUGUGCCUCCUGGGGCUAAUGAGAGUGAUUCUAGUGAGGAUGAGUCAAUCUUUCAACCUAUCCCUGUGAAGAAAUAUACCUUUAAGAUCCCAGAGGAACAAGAUGAAAAAGAACCCAAACUAAAAAAACAUGAUAAGAAUGGCAAUAACAAAGAACCUGGCACAGGGAAAGAUGAUUAUGAUUGUGAGCAAAAUGGGAAUGAUCAAUCCAUAACAGAUUGCUCCAUAGCAACAACUGCUGAGUUUUCUCAUGAUACAGAUGCCACAGAGAUUGAUUCUCUUGAUGGUUAUGAUUUUCAGGAUGAGGAUGACGGUUUGAAUGAACAGGAGUUAAAACCAUUUGGAUUUUCCAGCGAAAACAGAAAAGACAUUUGGGCCUCAGAGAGUAUGCUGAAGCCAAGCGAUCGGUCUUUUAGCCAGACUAAACUUGAAGUAAUCGAAGAGGAAUUACUUCCAGAAGAGGACAAAAUCACAAAAACAAAGCAUGACUCAUUUGAUAAAAAAUCUGAAGAUGGAAAAUUAAAUGGAAAAGAGAAAACAAAGUCUGCAAGAGAAGGACUUUCAGAUACCUACUUUAGUUAUAAACUAGAAGAAGAAUUUCACACCCCUUUUAAAACUGUUGCAACCAAGGGCUUGGACUUUGAUCCUUGGUCAAGCAAAGGAGGGGACGAAGAAGUAAUUGAUGCUAGAAUACAAGAGGAUGAGCCCAAGCCAUUUGGGCUAGCUGCAGACGACAAGUCUCAGACAACAACCCCUGACACAACCCCUGCUAGAACUCCAACUGAUGAAAGCACACCAACUAGUGAACCGAACCCUUUCCCUUUCCACGAAGGGAAGAUGUUUGAGAUGACGCGCAGUGGUGCAAUUGACAUGAGCAAGCGGGAUUUUGUCGAAGAGAGGCUGCAGUUUUUUCAGAUUGGCCCACAAAGUCCCUGUGAAAGAACUGAAAUGCGUAUGGCCAUAGUAGCUGAUCAUCUGGGCUUGAGCUGGACUGAGCUGGCCAGGGAAAUGGAUUUCUCAGUAGAAGAGAUAAAUCACAUUCGUGUGGAGAACCCCAACUCAUUGGCAGCUCAGAGUUUCAUGCUAUUAAAGAAAUGGGUUAGCAGAGAUGGUAAAAAUGCUACAACGGACGUCUUAACCUCAGCGCUGACAAAGAUCAAUCGGAUGGAUAUUGUGACAUUGCUGGAAGGGCCAAUAUUUGACUAUGGUAACAUUUCAGGCACAAGGUGUUUUGCAGAUGAUAACGCAGUUUUCCUGGAUCAGGCUGAUGGUAAAGUUUAG